AAGAACUUUUUAAUUAUCUUUGCUUUUCUGUAUAGAGAUAAGUACUGUCUUCACCAUGCCAGUGAAUGCAUCCACCUUCUUUGUCUCCAUUUCCAUUGCUUGAUAUUCAUUUAAUUUUUCUUUUUGAGACUUUUCCUCCCAGUACCCAUUAAUCUGUUUCAGGCCAACAGCUUUUUAGGCUUCUUGUAUUUCCUUGUUCUCUUUGUUGACUUGUAUCUUAGUUGGGUUUUACUGCUGUAAACAGACACCAUGACCAAUGCAAGUCCUAUAAAGGACAUUUAAUUGGGGCUGGCUUACAGGUUCAGAGGUUCAGUCCAUUAUCAUCAAGAUGGAAACAUGGCCCCAUCCAAGCAGGCAUGGUGCUGAAGAAUCUGAGAGUUCUACAUCUUCAUCUGAAGGCUGCUAGCUGAAUACUCAGUUCCAGGCAGCUAGGACUAGGAUAUUAAAGCCCAUACCCACAGUGACACAUCUACUCCAACCAGGCCACACCUCCUAAUAGUGCCAUUCCUUGGCCCAAGCAUAUAUAAUCCAUCACAACUUGUGAAAUGUUUUCAUUUAAUAUUGCUUCUAGGUAGGGAGGGUAUGGGGGACUUUUGGGAUAGCAUUUGAAAUAUAAAUGAAGAAAAUACCUAAUAAACAAAAUAAUAUUGCUUCUAGGACAAAUUCCUAUAAGCUUGGUAGGCUAAAACAUUCUCCAGAUUAGGUAUAUAGGUAUAGCGUUGUAUAAGUAAUUUGCUUAGGGUCUUGCAAUUCCUCCCUAGGUAUAAGUGAUGCCAUCCCCCAUUCUGGAGGCUGUUGAAGAUGAGUGUGCUUUCUGAGACUGUUACUCCAAAUCAGUUCCCUGCCUUUGUUCGAUUGAGGGUCCCACUUUUCUUUUUGAAGGCCAUUUUAUGACUUUAAAAGAAAAACAGCAGGAUAGGCAAGUUGUCUUAAUAGCUUCUCAGAGAAGGUGGGAGAAGCAGCUAAAGACCAAUGGAUUUGAGUGUCUGCAAGAGUUUUUAGCAUGCUGAAGAUUUUUGCUAGUUACUUUUGCUACAAAAUAAAAAUUAUAAUUAUCAUGCGUUGAAUUUAAAGCACGGAAAUUAGCUCAAGAAUCUUAAAAAAAAACUUGCACAAAAAUCCAAGUGGAUCAAAUAUGUUUUAGUUGUAGAAACAGAAUUUUAUUUGAUUACUUUUGUCUAUAUUGACCAAAUCCAGUUCUCCAACUUUUGGUCACUUUUAGUUACUUUUAUUUUCUUUGAAAUAAUUUAAAUUUAACUAUGUAUUAGAAGCAUCAAAUUUAUAAUAAUUAUUGUGUGUGUGCAUGUGGGCCACAGCCAUGGCACGCGUGUGGUGUCAGAAGACCAUUGUUUGAGGUUGGUUCUCUCUUUUCACAAUGGGUUUCCAGUGGGGUUGCAAGGCAGGAGAAUACAACUUCCCUCAUCAGGCUUGUAUGAGAAAUACUUUUAAGCAAAACUUUCUUUUAAAGUAUUAAGUAAUAAUUUCUUCUUUAUUUCACUUCCUAGAAGAAUGUGAAAUUUAUGUGUUUCAAGAAAAUUCUUCAUAUUAAAUGAGAAUAUUUUACCAGCUUUUUAAUUCUAUCAAAGUUCCAUUAAAAAAAAUCUCAUUAUAUUAUUUCUCAGUAAUUUAUUCCUUCUAGUUUAGUUUAUUUUGUCCUUUGUUUCAAACAUCUCCAUGUAAAUGGUUUAUUUUCACCUUUAUUUAAUACUUUUCUUCUUAGGCUUGGUUUUACAAUCUUAAAAUUUUAGUAGUUUUUUUUUUCACUAGUGUUCUUUAGUAUACAUAUGACGUAAUCUAAUUUCCUUUUUUUGUUUGUUUGUUUGUUUUUUCGAGACAAGGUUUCUCUGUGUAGCCCUGGCUGCCCUGGAACUCACUCUGUAGACCAGGCUGGCCUCGAACUCAGAAAUUCACCUGCCUCUGCCUCCCAAGUGCUGAGAUUAAAGGCGUGAGCCACCACUGCUUGGCCUAAUUUCCUUUUAAACUUGUUAGUAAAAGUACUUAAUUUUUAUAUUUUAGGCAGGGUCUACUACUAGUCCUGGCUGGCCUGCAAUUCACAAUGUAAAGAAUUCAAAGAUCUGCUUACAUGUCUCUUGGGUGCUGGGAUUAAACAUGUGUAGCACCAUGCCCAGUUGAGUUCUUCAACAUUUUUCUACUUUGGUUUUGGGAGUGCUAUCAUUUAGCUAUUACUUUUUAGCUUUAUCCCAAUCCUUUACUUGUCCAAAUUCCUAUCUACACUCUAGCUUAACUCAUGCAUAGCCAAUUACACAGCGUCCUUCGUUCACAUAUAAGCUUACAUACAGUAUUUGCCGUUUCUAAUUCCUAGCCCCAGUUUAUUGUAUUUAUACCGAUAAGCACUGCAGGUUAGCUCAGUAGUUUCCAAGUUUUCCACAAUAAUACCUCAUUUUAUGCAUCAAAUAUUUAUGGAGCACCUAAGUUCCAGAUAUUUUGUUUGGUACAAAUACUCGUGUAAACAGAACCCUGGCCUUGAAGACAGUCAGUCUCGCUCGCAGUCUGAUGAUCUAAGUAAACUUUAAGAGGCUUGGUGGGCAGUGAAGAUAAGACGCACAUAAACACUUUAUAGCACUAGAAAAUGAGAAGCAGAAGCAAGCACACAUUUCCAAUCGCACAGAAGAAAAGGGUGGUUUGGCUAGUCUCAUUGUAAAUGACCUAACAAAACAGCAAAACGAGAAGCCUAAUCCAUAAUCCAGCCUGCCUUAAAAUCACUUGGGAGAUGUACGGGGGAGAACGCUUAGCUUGGUCCUCACUGAACUAAGAAUAAAGAAUGUCGCCUUUAGAUUUAAGUUUCUCAGGUGCACCGGCCACCUAAAAUUGUACAUCUUUUCGCAGACCUGGUUCCCCAAUAAACUGCUCCCUCGUUCUGAGCAGGCUGCUUGGGCUGGCCUUUUCCCUUCCCUCGGUCGACGCCGUGCAUGUCACGCGUGGGGCCUCGCCUUGCCUGCCUGAGUCUCGCGUGGUGACUCUAAUACGCGCGCAAGGGAGUCGGGAAAGAACCUGGCCAAUCCAGGGAGCCAGACUGACAACCAGGGCCAAAAAAUGUGUACUUGAUUGACAUGAAUGCUGACCAAUGAAAAAAGAAGAGCAGCGACGCUUCCGCCCCAAUAGGCCGGCUGUUGGCAAUUUCAGCCAAUCGCGCCCAGAAACUUGUCUGGUGGGUGGUCCCCGAGGCGUGGAGGUUGGUGGCUGUUGAGCGGUUCCCGUGGUAAAGUCCCCGAGUGGAACAUCUCUGUCGGAAGAGAGAAUGAGUUUAGCUCUGAGAGGUGAGCUUGUAGUAGACAAAACAAAAAGGAAAAAACGAAGAGAGCUCUCUGAAGAACAGAAGCAAGAAAUUAAAGAUGCUUUUGAGCUGUUUGAUACCGACAAAGACCAAGCCAUAGAUUAUCAUGAAUUAAAGGUGGCAAUGAGAGCCUUGGGCUUUGAUGUGAAAAAGGCUGAUGUGUUGAAGAUUCUUAAAGAUUAUGACAGAGAAGCCACUGGCAAGAUCACAUUUGAAGAUUUUAAUGAAGUUGUGACAGACUGGAUACUAGAGAGAGAUCCACAUGAGGAGAUACUGAAAGCAUUUAAACUAUUUGACGAUGACGAUUCAGGAAAGAUAAGCUUGAGGAAUUUACGGCGUGUUGCCAGAGAGCUGGGUGAGAACAUGAGCGAUGAGGAGCUCCGGGCCAUGAUAGAGGAGUUUGACAAAGACGGCGAUGGAGAGAGGAGCAGAGAGCCCACUUGUCUGUUGAAGUGCUUCUCACUUUCUCCAGCGAGAACUUUGGAAACACCAUCUUUUUCUCAAAAGCCUCCUUAGUGGUGUAUGGCAGCUGAUGAGGGUGCCAUUAAGGGCUCAUGACAUUUAGAAGAGCAAACUACCUUCAUAUUUUAGUAUGUUUAAUAUGGAUCCUCUUGGUUGCAAACCAAGUUUUGUACUUUUUUUUUUAUAUUUUAAACUGAUGAAGAUAAAAAUAUUUUUUUGCCAUUUUGUGACAUUUAGUAAUUCAUUUGCUUUUAUAAAUGUUUAAUGGUAUCCAAUUUUUAAGAAUAACUAUUUUUUCAAUAUUAUGGGUUUAAUGAAAUAAAGACUGCAAAUGUGGAUAUGAAGGCAAAUAAUGUAUACUACAAAAUAGACAUAAAUAUGUAGGUAUAUCUGAAGAUAAAGAAGAUUAAUACCACAGUCUCUCAAAAUAAAUAUAAAUAAUAUAAAACAAAGUACACUAUGUGCUUUUAUAAAAAUGAAAGUAACAUUUAAGAAGCUAUAGCAGACCACUUUUUAAAUAAUGAUAAUGAUGGUUGGAAUCUUUUAUGUUACUCAAUUUUCAUAAUAGCUUCUGUAAAGUGGAUAGAGUACUGUAGCUGUAUGCACAUAAGAGAGAUGCGUGUAUAGUAGAUUAUCACAGAGCUAGUCCAUGAUAGCAGCAGAGCUCAGACUCAGUUCUCCACAGUGAAAAGGGCAUUCUGUAUUGUUUGAGAUACUACAGUAAGAUGUUAACUGCGAUGGGAAGCAGUGUAUUAAUUUAUUGACUAGUACUUCUGAUGCUAAACUUUGUUUUUUUAUUUUUCUUUUGAAGCCAUGUAGCUUCUCAGGUACUCAAACUUUAUAUAGAUUGUGUGUGUGUGUGUGUGUGUGUCUGUCUGUCUGUGUUUGUGUCUGUGUGUGUUUGAGAGUCAUUUCUCACCUUCUUCCUUGUUGAGGGAGUGACUUCCUGUUUCUGUUUCCGGGUUGCAUACUUCUGGCUAGCAUGCCUGCUAAGAUUCUCCCUUCUCUCUGUAGGAGUGCUGAGAUCACAGAAGUGCACUGCACUAUCUCUCAGGUUUUUAUCUGGGUCCUGGGGGUUGAAUUCUGGUCACCAGGCUUAUGUGGUGAAUGCUUUUUGGCUGAGCCAUCUUCUUGGCCACUCAGAUACUUAUCUUUAAGCCAGGUGUUAUGCUGUUGUCAGAAAGAUGGUUGGUGAAGUUAGAAAGCCUGGCUUUCUUGUCACCUCCCUAGUAGUCAAGUGGCUAGUUUGGUUCCUUUAGUUCCUUUGUUCUUUACUGUUUUAGACUUAACUGUUAUGCUUUUGGAUAUUAAAUCAUGAAAUAGAUUAAAAUAUUUUUGUAAUACUAUCAUAUGUUAAAGUAUAUAUAAAUAACAUAAAACAGCUAUUUGUGACUUCUACAACUUUUUGAAGCUGAAUUUGAAGUUUGAUUAUUGAAAUUUUAUAUUUUAAAAAAAGCAAAAUCUUGAAUAAAACUAAAGUACUUAGUUUUUAGUCAUAGCUCUGUUACAGUAUUAAAUGAUUUAUAACCAAAUCACUUUGAAGCUCCUUUUAUUGCUUUCCUAAGAAAAUAAUACUUUCUGGUUUGGCCUAGAAGCCUCAGUGUAGAUUGCUUCAAUUGUGUUUUUAGAUGAAGCUCCACACUGGCUUAGGAUUCUUAUCUAUUUGAAUUCUUAGUUGGGAGACAAACAGGUCGUAUUCUCAUAAGCUCUUUAGAUGUGGUAUUUAACCGAAGAGGUCACAACUCUUCAUUUCUCAGGUUCAUGAGUUGCUUUGUGUCCUGUCUCUUCCGUGUCUCUCAGAGGACCUUGUAAAUGUUUCAGACUGAGCAGGAGCUGAUGGAAGUCGGCCUGCUUUGACUUAGACUUCUCACUGGCCUUAGCUCACGGUUUACCUUUCUAGGUGUGUUUCCUCUUCCUGUGUCUGGGAUGGCAUUCCCCACCUUGCCUUCCCUUCUUUCUAAAUGCCAUACUUUUAAUUGACAAUCCAAGUCAUGAGUUGUCUUUAGUAGUGUUUUCCAAUACUUUUUGAUCCAUAUUUUAUAAUAUAUUACUGUAAGUUCUGUCCAUUUAUUCUCCAUUUCAAACUGAGCACAAUUAUUGCACCAGCUCUGGGGUUACUUUAUUAGAUGAAUUCUUGACAUAUAUGCCAUAAGUGAACAUUUUCUAAACCAUCCUCAAGGUAGCUUUAGCAUGAAAGUAACCUUACCCACAUAUUAAGAACGUGACUCUUUAAUAUUUUAGCAUCCAGUACCUGAGAAUGAGGUCUUUCAGCUUUAUGAUCCAUUGUUUCAUUCAGUUAGCAACAAUUUUAUAGUGACAUUUAUUCACCUCUGUUUGAUUCAAAUGUACUGUAGAAUAGCAGCCCUGCAUGUUUUGAUGCAUUAUACAGUACCUCUGUAGUGCUGGCAUUCAUUUGACUCCUGGGAAUAAGUGUGUCACUCAGUAAAUCACUGUGUAGGAUUUCAAAGGACACAGUCUAAAGCAUCCUCUGGCAGUUUCCUUUCCAGACGAGGGAGAUGGGGUGCAGAGCUGGUGUGUACAGAGCUGUGACAUGAAGCCAGGUCAUUGUUUUCAGUGUGCUGGUUUUUUGCUAUAAUCAGUUGGCAUUUAUAGCUUGUAUCUUAAAGAUUUACUAAGUCUUGAUGUCCAUAUUCUCACCUAGUUUACAUAGGAAACUUUGUUUUCUACACAUUCCUAUGUAUGAGUGUGUGUACUUUUUUGUUUUUUAUUUAUUUAUUUUUUUUUUUUGAGCCAGGGUUUCUCUGUAUAGUCCUGGCUGUCCUGGAACUCACUUUGUAGACCAGGCUGGCCUUGAACUCAGAAAUCCGCCUGCCUCUGCCUUGCAAGUGCUAGGAUUAAAAGCGUGGGCCACCACCGCCCGGCUUUUUACUUUGUAUGUGUGUGUGUGUGUACUUCUUAAACGUUACAUUUAGGAUUAGUCAUUCCUCUUUAUUAUAGUUCUGUUUAUUAUUAUGUUUUCUUAAACAUUCCGUAUACAUUCAAGUUCCUUACUAAAGUUUAUAUAUAGUUUUAGUAAAAGUGUCAAGUUGUUAGCAUGAAUGAUUUAUUUCCUGUAUUUUUAGUUUUUAAAAUUUUAUAGUUGCUGUAUAAUAAUCUGUAUUUUCUUAAAUUACUUUUUCUAUUGAAGGUUUACAUGCUUUUGAGGUUUACAUGAGGUAACUGGCUUUUUUUUUAAAAGAUAAGCUUCCAAAAUUAACAAUUUGUUAUUUUUUUUCUAGUUUUAAAACGUUUUAUUCUUUAGAAUUUUGUUAGUUCACAUGCAUGGUAUAGUCAAACUUAACUGAUGAAGGGAAGCCUUACUAAAUAUAUUAGUAAAGUACUGGUUAUAAAGAGUGCUUAACUACUUAUAUUAAAACUGUCACUUUUUAAACUGUGA